GGCUGCGCUGUCGUCCCCAGGGGCCCUAGACCAGGUGCGCCCUCGGCUGGAGGUAGCGCCAUCUGGGGGAAGUGCAGGCGCCCGCGGCCCAGCUGGACCAUGGCGCCCCCGCGGAACGUGGUCAAGAUCGCCGUCCAGAUGCGUGACGCCAUCCCUCAGCUCAUCCAGCUGGACCAGGCAAAGCCGCUGGCCGCUGUGCUGAAGGAAGUGUGCGACGCGUGGAGUCUGACACACUCAGAGCGCUAUGCCCUGCAGUUUGCUGAUGGACACAGGAGAUACAUCACAGAGAACAACCGCACGGAGAUCAAGAAUGGCAGCAUCCUGUGCCUCAGCACUGCCCCAGACCUUGAGGCUGAGCGGCUGUUGGGUGGGCUGCAGAGUGGGAGUCGUGAAGGGCGCCGGGAGGCCCUGCAGCACCUCAUCCUGCUGGCCCCAGACCUAACCUUUGCCCGGGAGGUCAUUAGCCGUGAUGGGCUUCAGAGGCUAGGCACCAUCAUUGAAGAUGGGGACGACCUAGGGGAGGUGUUGGCCCUUGGGCUGCAGGCCUUCUCGGAGCUUAUGGAGCAUGGCGUCGUAUCCUGGGAGACGCUCAGCAUCCCCUUUGUCAGGAAGGUGGUGUACUACGUGAACAUGAACCUGAUGGAUGCCUCUGUGCAGCCCCUGGCCCUGGGGCUGCUGGAGAGUGUGACCUUGAGCAGCCCUGCCCUGGGCCAGCUGGUCAAAAGCGAGGUGCCAUUGGAUAGGCUGCUGGUGCACCUUCAGGUCAUGAAUCAGCAGCUGCAAACCAAGGCUAUGGCGCUGCUGACGGCCCUGCUGCAGGGGGCCAGCCCUGCCGAGCGUAAGCACAUGCUUGACUACCUAUGGCAGAGAAACUUCCGUCAGUUCAUCUAUAAGAACAUCAUCCACAGUGCAGCACCACUGGGCGACGAGAUGGCUCACCACUUGUACGUCCUGCAGGCCCUCACACUGGGGCUGCUGGAGCCGCGCAUGCGGACACCGCUGGAUCCGUACAGCCAGGAGCAGCGGGAGCAGCUGCAGGCCCUUCGCCAGGCAGCCUUUGAGCCAGAGAGGGAGUCCCCGGGCGCUGUGAUGAGUGCCGACCGCCGCCGUUCCCUCUGUGCCCGCGAGUUCCGUAAACUGGGCUUCUCGAAUAGCAACCCAGCGCAGGACCUAGAGCGCGUGCCCCCUGGACUGCUGGCCCUGGACAACAUGCUCUACUUCUCCAGACACGCGCCCAACGCCUACAGCCGGUUUGUGUUGGAGAACAGCAGCCGUGAGGACAAGCACGAAUGUCCUUUUGCCCGAAGCAGCAUCCAGCUGACUGUGCUGCUGUGUGAGCUGCUCCACGUGGGGGAGCCCUGUUCCGAGACGGCCCAGGACUUUUCACCCAUGUUCUUCGGCCAAGACCAAAGCUUCCACGAGCUCUUCUGUGUAGGGAUCCAGCUGCUGAAUAAGACCUGGAAGGAGAUGCGGGCCACACAGGAGGACUUCGACAAGGUCAUGCAGGUGGUACGGGAGCAGCUGGCCCGCACACUGGCCCUGAAGCCCACCUCCCUGGAGCUCUUCCGAACCAAAGUGAACGCGCUUACCUACGGGGAAGUGCUGCGGCUGCGGCAGACAGAGCGGCUGCACCAGGAAGGCACACUGGCCCCUCCCAUACUGGAGCUUCGGGAGAAGCUGAAACCGGAGCUCAUGGGCCUGAUCCGCCAGCAGCGUUUGCUCCGCCUCUGUGAGGGGACACUCUUCCGCAAGAUCAGCAGCCGGCGGCGCCAGGACAAGCUGUGGUUCUGCUGCUUAUCCCCCAACCACAAGGUGCUGCAGUAUGGAGAUGUGGAGGAGGGUGCGAGCCCACCGCCCCCUGAGAGCCUGCCCGAGCAGCUUUCUGUGGCCGACAUCCGGGUGCUCCUGACAGGCAGGGACUGCCCCCACAUCCGGGAGAAGGGCUCCGGGAAGCAGAACAAGGACCUCUGUGAGUUAGCUUUCUCAGUCAGCUACGACCGUGGGGAGCAGGAGGCACACCUCAACUUCAUUGCUCCCUCCAAGCGGGAGUUCCACCUGUGGACAGAUGGGCUGAGCGCCCUGCUGGGCAGCCCCAUGGGCAGUGAGCAGACACGGCUGGAUCUCGAGCUCCUGCUGACCAUGGAGACCAAGCUGCGGUUGUUGGAGCUAGAGAACGUGCCCAUCCCUGAGCAGCCACCCCCCAUACCCCCACCGCCCACCAACUUCAACUUCUGCUACGACUGCAGCAUUGCUGAACCCUGACGGGGCCUUGGAGGGUGGAAAGUGGAGAAGCAUAGACACCCCUAGCUGGAAGAGAUUGCAGCAGAAAUAAAAAGUUGGCUUGGCUCUUGGGUCUGUGUGUUUAGCCAGCUCUGAACCCUGUAGGCCAAGCCUGCUUUAGUGACAACCAGUCUUCCCCUUCUGCCUUUCACACUUAGCUGUGAAUGAAGUGGGGCAUCAGGCCAGGGCCACAGUGUGGGGUACAACCUGGCUGUGAUAGCUGAGGGGCUGGUGUUUGGAAGGACAGUGGGAGAAGCUAGCUUUGCCUGAGAAUCAACCGAUAGUACACCAUUCUUGAGGCCACAUGGGGCACCUGUGGGACUCUGGGCCAGGCCAGAGGAUGUAGGUGCCUCUGGUGUUUUCUCCAUUGUUCUGGGCUAGGCCUCUUCAGCUGAGGGGGAGGUGCCCUUCAGUCUGACGCUUAAGACAAGGAGGUAAGAUGUGGAAUUUUUAAUCUUGUUUGGGUCCACAACAAAGACUGACUUAGCUGCUAAAGUUCAGUGCUUGUAGGGGCUGGGAGAGUGCCGGCAGGGGACAAGGUAGGGCACAGGCCUCAGGUCUGAGAAGAGGGCAGGGCAAGAGGCACACAGUCUGCUCCUCCCCAGCACUAGAUCCAGCCAACUUGGGGGCCUGGCCAACUAAAGCAGGGGCUGUGGUUUCUAGGGGCUGAUGGCGGCAGCACGUAGCUGGAAAGAAGUCGCUCCUGGUUGUGGAUUAGA